AUGCUGUACCUCAAUGAAGGCCACAAUUGUACUCCGCCACCUCCUCCAAUCAUGACUGCCUCGGAACCAAUGAAGAUGCAGAUCAAUCGCAUAAGCAGAAUGGAACGGAAGACGGGAUCCUGUAAAUGGUUCAAUGUCCUCAAAGGUUUUGGGUUCAUUGUUUUGGAUGACACUAAAGAAGAUGUAUUCGUGCAUCAAGUUGGACCGGAAGACGAAAACAAAACUUUAAUUGGAAGCAGUAUUCGUCCGUUGGGUGCGAAAAAAGAUCGUUUGAUAAGAUGCUAUAAGUGCGGAAGAUUUGGAAACCAUAUGGCCCAACGAUGCAGAAAGGUGGAGGCCGAUGAAAAGGUAUGUUAUGGUUGUGGAGCAGCAGACCAUCUGUUCACUGCUUGUCCUAAAGUGACUCACCGUGCCAACCACAAUUGUACUCCGCCACCUCCUCCAAUCAUGACUGCCUCGGAAACCAAUGAAGAUGCAGAUCAAUCGCAUAAGCAGAAUGGUAAACCAAAAACACAUGAAGAUUCUGAUAACAAAGUAGAUGAGUCUCAUGACAAGAAUGAUGAUGGAAAACCAGAACGGAAGACGGGAUCCUGUAAAUGGUUCAAUGUCCUCAAAGGUUUUGGGUUCAUUGUUUUGGAUGACACUAAAGAAGAUGUAUUCGUGCAUCAAUCAGAGUUGAAGAUGGAGGGCUUCAGAAGUUUGGAGGAGGGAGAGCGUGUUGGUUUCUAUGUGCGUACCCGGAAUAGUGGACAACGUGCAGGUGCACUCGAAGCUUGGGAGGUUGGACCGGAAGACGAAAACAAAACUUUAAUUGGAAGCAGUAUUCGUCCGUUGGGUGCGAAAAAAGAUCAUGCUAUAAGUGCGGAAGAUUUGGAAAACCAUAUGGCCCAACGAUGCAGAAAGGUGGAGGCCGAUGAAAAGGUAUGUUAUGGUUGUGGAGCAGCAGACCAUCUGUUCACUGCUUGUCCUAAAGUGACUCACCGUGCCAAGUCAGGUGGUGGACAUGAAGGAGAAGAACUCAAACAAGAGCAAGAAGCUCAAUUAAUUGCAACUAAAUCAACUGCAUCCACCUGA